AUUUCGUUCAUAAUCUAGAAUUUCUAUUGAUAUUUCGGCGAUACACAUGAAAUAUUUUUAUAAUGUGUUAAUUUCUCACAUGUUUUUCAGUUAAUUUUCAAAAAUGGCUCAACUAUUACGAGUGGUCAAAGUCGUGGAAAAUUCGUUUAGAAGUACUCAGCUUAUGAGCAACGCUAAUGUUUUGGCUCUGGCUCAUUCACACUUGCUGAAAACAUGUGUUCCUUUAUUGAGCAGCACGAGAGGUACAACAACAAUCUUUGACAGAAAAAGUGCGGACGAGCUGUGGAGAGGUGUGACCAGUGUUAGUAAUGCAGGAAGACGCAGAGGCAGAGCAAAAGGAUUACCACGAAAGAAAGAUCUGAAUAAGGGUCAGAUUAUUGGCGUGGGCAAAGUUGCGAUACAAUUUCCUGGUUUGACCACUCCCGUGUUCAGGGGAAAACAAUUGGUUAAGCAGCAAAAGCUGCCUCCAGAUCCUGAAAGAGAAGAAAAACUUAUAAAGUUAAGGGAGAUGCAAAGUAGAUCUAGACGAAUCAAGCUGUCGCCACUGGAACGCGGUUGGACGAGCGCUGGGAUGGGUGGUAGAAAGAUAGGACCACCUGAUCCCAUUGGAGAAGAUACUUUCGAAGGCUUUGAAACCUGGAUUUUGCAGAACAAACUAGUAAGUUGUAUGACUGGAAAUUUAGGGCGCAAGAGUAGGAUUAGUGCAUUUGUUGUGACAGGAAAUAGAAAUGGACUGGCUGGUUUUUCAUUGACUAAAGCACCUAUGAGCAAAGUAGCUUUAACAAAAGCUAAAAAUAGAGCGGGUCAAAGAUUGAUGUAUAUUCCUAGAUACAAGGAACACACUGUGUUACACGACUUUUACACACAAUUUGGAAGUACCAAGAUAUUUGUAAGUAAAAUGCACGAAGGAUAUGGACUUGUUUGUCAUCGUGUGAUUAAGUGUAUGUGCGAGGCAAUUGGCAUAAAGGAUUUGUAUGCUAAAGUGGAAGGACCUAAAAAUGUACAGCAUAUAGUCAAGGCUUUCUUUAUAGGCUUGUUGCAACAGAAAUCACAUCAACAACUAGCGGACGAAAAACAAUUGCAUUUGGUUGAGUUUAGAUCAGAGACCGAAAAUAUCCCGAUAGUAGUUGCUUCGCCAUCGAAAGUGAGAAAGGAAGAAGAAAUACUGUCCAACGAGGUCCUCGAUUUUACUCGAUACGUACUGGAUGGCAGAAUAGUAUUGAAAAGAAAAAAAUACACCCCGUUUUAUACUAGACUUCCAAGUUUUCAAAACCAUUUGUUAAAAGUGGAACGAUUCAGGAACUCCGACGAGACGAGAUUAAGAUUAAGAGCACAAUACGGUGCAUUGCAAAGUUUCCUGACCGAAAAAUAUCCGGAAGCAAAAAUACAACCAUGGAAGAAAAGAGAAGCUGAAGAAGAGAGCUGAAGUACAUACUUUUUAUGCUGCUAAUGUAACAUUUUUUUUUGUUUUGUUUUGAAAUAUAAUAUUUCUUGAGUCAAAUGUGAGAUAUUGCAUGUAUCAAAAGAAAAACUCAAGAUUUUAAUUUUGGUAUUCUUUAAA